AAAUCAGUCAGUGUAUGUAAAAUAAUUGUUUUGUAAUUGUAGUGCCUGCAUUAUGAUAAAUGCUAUGGAAUGGAAUAUCAUUGAGCUCUAGAAUACAAGUAGUGCUGUGUUGGGUACGCAGCUUCUCCCUGUCAUGGCGAAUCAAGUCUGUGGAGAAAUCGCUGGAGCUUCACCGGCUGGUCCCGAUCCUUGCUUGCAGCCGUUCGUCACUCAGUGCAAGGUUUGCCAUGUGCUGGUCAGUGACAGUGUCUCCUUUCAGACUUUGUAUGCUGCAAAGGACAACUCUGAUAUCCAGCUACUGUGCUUUUCAGAUUGUCACGAGAAGGUGUGUGUAGAUCGUGAUGAUCUGAAGCUGGGUGUGGAUGGCUUUGAUCUCGGGUGUGCGUACUUCUUGAUGAAAUGCACCGGUUGUGGUACAGCACUUGGGAAACACUACUUCACCACGCCGCCUUACCUGGACUUUCUAAGGACUCGCUACUGUUUCUUUCAGCAAGCCGUAUCAACGACAGUGUUGGGGCACUAUGGCCACGACGAUUUUCCUGAUGUCCUCAAAGAUGUGAAUCCGUGUAACAACUGCCAUCGUAUGUACGGGGACCUCAAGAAUCAAGUGGACCACCUCUUGGCCGUUGUCAACGAGGUAUUUACUGCCUUUGAUGAGAACAAGACGGCAAGCCAAGAGCAGAGUAUGGAUGUGUCACAGUGUACGACGGCAACGGCUGCGGGGAUGGCUCUUGCUCCCGUGGCAACGUGCGCACCGUCAGCCCGUGCCCCUCCUACGACCACACCACUGCAGCCUUCGCAAACGUUUUCGGCGGGCGCGUCUCUGCUUCCUGCACAAGCCGACGCGAUCUCAUCCGGUCAGUGCGACGCUGCCACGCGAGAUGACACGAUCACGUCCUUGCCGCGUGGUGCGGCGGCGGCGCAGGCUGGUAAAGCCUGCGUUCAACCCGUUUAUCUGCCCGCUGCUGGCAGCUCACAAACCUCCCUGCAUCGUUCCUAGACAGAAUUAACAGUUUAUCAAUACUUCCAGUACAUGAAAUCUAUGAACGUUCGUUGCAAUAGUAAAGCAUUUUAUCGCAGUGCAAUUUUAUCCGUCAGUAGACCACCGCCAUGUUAGGGAGUAUUCUUUUCGUUCUCACGCCACCAAACUCAUGUAAUUUGUUUUGGUCCGUUUUUAAAUCUGUUUUCUAAUUUUUAACCAGCAACGUAAGUUAGAACUUGAUCACUGCUGUUAUGAGUUGAGUGGAUUCUGCUACAAAGAGUUUACCAGUAUUUGCAUCCUCCAGAUGUAGUCUUGUA